AUGCCGCUUACGAGACAGCAAGCCUCUCGUAAUCAGCGCGGGAGAGCUCGCGCCCAGGAAACUCGCGAUCAGCUUCAACCCGCUAAGAAAUCUCGUGGACUCGUCCCCGGUGAACGCAAAUUCGCCCGUCGCAAUCCUCCUCUCCCACUUGACCAUUUCCUCUACCCUGGUCGGGAAGCCCAUCCAAUGGCUCCGUUCAGAGAUGAACACCUCGUGCUCAUCGCGCCCGGUUCUGAAUUGACCCUCGCGCAACUCGGUCUCCCGGAAGCAUAUUGCCCAGCCAAGCUUCGCCUGCAGACGCGCAUGUUCCCAGCUGAAAAGCCGGGCGAGUACGAGCCUCAUCGCAUCCGCAAGGUGACCACAACUUCAACCUCUACCACCGCUCCUACCACCACCCCCGGCGCGUCUGGACAACCUCCCAAGGAGGAUGUCGAAAUGAAAGACGAUGGAGCUUCUGCUCCUCGCGAGGAAACCGCCGAAGGCACUGAAAAGGCCGAGACAGAGCCUGAGCCUGCGCAAGAAGUCAUCUACGAGGAAGAUGUCAUGUCCGACGAGGGCGCCGUCUACCCCAUCCGGGAUGGUCGCAUUGUGAACCGAAACGCCCUCUUCGCCCUCAUCCAGCAUGUCUACAACCUGCUCAGUCCGCCACUCCACACACCCAUCCUCAUUGUCGCCCAGCCCAGCUGGACCCAGACAGACCGAGAGGAAAUCACCCGUUUCGUCUUCGAACAUUUCAGCACCCCGGGAUUCGCGUAUGUGGACGCUGCUCUCGCUACCGCAUGGGGCUACGGCGUCCUGAAUGCACUUGUCAUCGACGUUGGCAAGACCAAGACUGAUGUGAGCGCGGUCAUCAACUCUGUCCCUCAGAGGUACGGUCGAGGUAUCGCUCUAUCUGGAUGUGGCGGUGAUGCCAUGACUGAUCGCCUCCUUGAACUUCUCGGAUCGAAGGGCUUCACUCGCGAGAUGUGUGAGCAACUCAAGAGAAGCGAUAUCGCCGAGAUUCUUCCCCCUGGAACUGCUCUUCCCGGCGCUGCGGCUACUGCUCACCAGAGCACCCCCGCUGUCCAUCCUGGAGAGUCAGCUGGCGGUAACUUUGCCCCCACCGAGGGUGCCUCUGACAACAACGGAACCGAUGAGGGUGUCCUGGAUGUUGCGGCCAUCGUUAGUGGCGACACUUCCGAGUAUCUCGCAAACAUGGAGAAGGACAAAUCAACCGGCAAGAAGGUUGACCCCAAGCAGCCCAACGCUCAGAAGGAGCGGGCCUCUUUCCAGUUCGAAGAGUUUGUCGAGAUGGAGAACGAUGCUCAAGCUGGUGGCUCCAAGCGCUACAAGCGCAACACUCGGGAGAUCACCGUUGGCGUCGAGCGUUUCCUGGCAGCAACUCCGCGCCAACGUGCCGGACCUCUCCUUAGCAAUGGUAUUCUGGAGGAUAUUGCAUCCCAGGUUCAAUACGCGAUCAAUUGCUGCCCCAACGAUAAGCGAAACGAACUGUGGAGCAACAUCAUCAUCGUGGGAGCCGGCAGCAGAGUCCGAGGUUUCAACCAGGCUCUUCUCGGAGCGAUUACGCAGAAGUUCUUGAACUCUCCCUCUGCCUCCAUCUUCACCUCGGAAAUUCCAUCCACCUUCUCCACGCCUCUCCCCACCGGCGGAACCAACACGCCCGCCCAAAUGGGCCCGGGCCAAGCCCAACCAAGCCUGCAACACCACCCUGCUGCUCACGGAUUGAACCCCCUUCUGGUCGCUGCCACGCACAACAAUCCAGGGAUCCCUGCUGCUCCUGGCACCCCUGGCAUGGACCAGGGCCAGCAGCACCGAGCCGGUCACUUCCAAGGGCCCACCGUCAUCAAGGCCACCAAAUUCCCCGAAUACAACUCCGAGUUCAAGGGUCGUCCGAACAGCAAUGCUCCCGGCGCCAGCUCGGGUCCUGGAAGCACCUCUCGGGGCGGACACGGCCCUGAGGAAGCAGCUUUCCUGGGUGCCCAGGUCUGUGCCAAGAUCUUCUUCGUGAUCGAUCAAGGCCAGCUCAAGACCUUCAUGGCUCGGUCUGAAUACAACGAAUUUGGUCCGGAGGGCAUGGGCGAGUUCUGCAUCGCAUGA